AUGGUACCUGGUACUUUACCUGGUCUGUCCAAGUCUCUGGGCCUGAUCGAAGGGUUUGGGGGUCGCGGUAAAGGCGGCCUGCCCGCCACCCUUCUACCUCUGGAGGAGAAUGACGCCAAAUACCUGAGGGAGAAAUACGGCUACAACGCCUACCUGAGUGACCGAAUCUCUCUGGACCGGACCAUACCGGACCACCGGCCCAGCAAAUGCAGAAAGGUCAACUACUCCAGAGACCUCCCCCAAAUCUCCCUCAUCUUCAUCUUCGUCAACGAGGCCCUGUCGGUGAUCCUGCGCUCGGUCCACUCAGCUGUCAAUCACACGCCGGCCCACCUGCUCAAAGAGAUCAUCCUGGUGGACGACAACAGUGACGACGAGCUGCUGAAAAGACCACUGGAGGAGUACGUUAACAAGCGGUACCCCGGCCUGGUGAAGAUCGUACGGAACCAGAAAAGAGAGGGACUGAUCCGGGCCAGAAUCGAGGGCUGGAAGGUGGCCACCGCUGAAGUUACUGGGUUUUUUGACGCUCACGUGGAGUUUACGCCUUCAUGGACUGAACAGAACUCCAGAACAGAGACGUUGGCGCGUGGAGCUGUGCUUCAAACUGAACACGCCUGUUUGCUCUCACAGAACCACGGCAUCGAUUACGGAGACGUAUCCCAGAGGAUCGCUCUGAGGAAGAGUCUGCAGUGCCGGAGCUUCCAGUGGUACCUGGACAACGUUUACCCCGAGAUGAGGCGCUACAACAACACGCUGCACUACGGCGAGGUCCGGAACUCUAAAGUGAGCCACUUGUGUUUGGAUCAGGGCAUGAAGGAGAACCACACGGCCACCCUGCACCCGUGCCACGGCUGGGGGCCUCAGCUGGGCCGCUUCACUAAAGAGGGCCAGCUGUUCCUGGGUCCUCUGGGGAGCACCGGUGAGGACACUCGCUGUGUGGUGGACGAUCAGCUCAGCAGCUUCCCGCAGCUCCUGAACUGUGACAAGGUGCCCAACAUGAAGCAGAAGACGUGGACCUUCUCACAGAACGAGGCCAUCGUAAACCGGGCCACGGGCCGGUGUCUGGAGGUGGUGCCGGCCAACGUUUACUUCGGUCACCUGCUGGUUCUACAGCCCUGCUCGGGUCAGAGGUGGACCAUCAAGAACACCAUGAAGCAAUAACCAACAGCGCAGACAGGUCCUCUGGUUGGCCCACACGGGUCACACGACCUCACCGUGUGGCACACAAAGACUCAAAGGAAGUUUUAUUUUGAAAGGUCAGAUACUGAGGACGUUACAACAAGGAGGAAAUAAUUUUAUUUUGCAAGAAGAACGUUGAAAACUGAAGCAUGACGAUUAUUUCUGUUUGAAUUUAAACAGAUUUUGACGUGUUUUUGUCAUUUCUUGUGAGUGCCAUUUCUCUACCGUGCUUUUAUUUUUUUAUUUUUUAUAUUUAAAACAAGAAACAUCUAGAACAGGGCUUUUCAACAGAACUGCUCAGGGGGCCACAGUUUCUGAAAGUCAACA